GUGGGCGGGGCCCCCUGGCGAGCUGGGGAGGGGGCGGGGCCGGGCAGAGGCAUGUGGCGGGGCUGGCGCUGCGGCGGCUCCUUCCUCUGGAGCCGGGGCCGGGGCCGGGGCCAGGGCUGGGCCGGGGCCGCGGUGCACCCGGGGACUGGAGCAGGAUGGAAUAGGAUCACCCUUGGAAGUGCUGAAGAGAUAUGUCACCUGGGACCUAAAGGUAACUGGCAAAAGCUUCUCCUGCACAAGAGGAGGGAAGAAAAGCCUUGUUCCAGAGCCAGCCCUCAGGAUGUGGACAGCAGUUGUAUUUGUCCUGUUGAUUUGCUCGUGCAUAUCUGAAAACAGAAUUUCCAUCUUAAAGGAGCGAGGGGCCCGGGUAAUACAGAUAAACAAACUAAGCAGUGAAAACCAGUGCAGACAAGCUUGCAAAAACCUAUCUGUUUCAGGUCAUCACAGCUGCAACUGGUCCAUGUUCUACCAGAACCAUUGUGUCCUCUUAUAUUGUCGCCACUUGGGUGUGUGUCAGAAUGCCAGAGCACAAGACAUUAAAGAUUUCCUUGGAGAAUUCAUCCUUAAGAAAAGAUCACUGGAACCAAAUCAAACUACAGAUGCAGAACAAAUGGCGGUGACAAACAUCACAAAUCAUGACUCAAAGGGUGAAAGGAACACACCAGCACCAUCAGCUCUAGAAAUGACUACAAGAGGGACCAGAACAAGCCCAACAGUUGUAGCUGCAACCAGUGCCACAACCACCACUGCUCGUGCCACGACCAUCACUGCUCCUUUGACCCCCAUGACUGCCAACACCACUAUAGCCUCAAUAGAAACAACGAACAAGGUGAAAAUGUCUACUAUUCCAGCCACAAGUAAUACAACAUAUUUUGGAGCCUUGAAUGUCUCUGAAAAUUCCAGCGUCCUUCCCAGCACGAUACAUCCAGCUGCUGCUUCUCCAAAUUCAAGUCAUGCAGCUUAUAGCUCUCAUCCCUCAGCUACCUUUGGCAAGUCUGAACUUUCACCCAGUAUUUCACUGGCUAUUACCACGCCUGUCCCAGCUCUCAACACAACAACACAACCCAGUACAACCAUUACUACAAGCAGCAUUUCCGCAUCUAGUAGGAGUACGACUGUUGGGGUCAAUCCAAAGCCAGUAAGUUUAUCCACAGCUGCAGCCACCUCCCGCCAGAAUUUGGAAGAUGGGACAGGCGUUUCCCGAGCUACUAGUCCCUCGAUACCAGUGACGGAAAUGAAUUCUUUAAACCCCAAACUGGAGACAACCACAGCCAAAACAACCGGAGUUAAGCCAACUCCUCCUCUUCCAGUUACUACAGAGGGUGCAAAACCUUUAACUAGCCAGUUAACAACAGAAGCUACCAUUGGUUCUGGGGUGAGAACAAUAUAUACAACUGUUUUAAUUAAACUUGCAACCACAAAUGCAGCAGAUAUAGCCAGAACAACAAUCCCAGGCCUAGACAUCAGCCAACAAAGCACAGCCAGUGAGUAUCUGCUUCCAAAUGCGGCAGACGACAUCAGUUCACUCCUGGCAGUGCUUAUGUUUGGCAUAUUGUUUUUUAUAACUGUUAUAGUUCUGUUUGCCAUUCAGGCUUAUGAAAGCUACAAGAAGAAGGACUACACACAAGUGGACUACUUGAUCAAUGGAAUGUAUGCGGACUCAGAAAUGUGAGAGGGUGGGGCAGAGACCCCAAGAGACAGGCUUCAAUGUGUAUCAUGGAGACAGAAAGCCUGCGUGGCUCAUUUUUCUUUCUCAUUUGCCUAUAAGACAAACUGAAAGUGCUUCCAAUUUUACUUCCAGUGCAAUUUAGGAAAAAUGCCAUGUACUGUAUUAAAAAAAAAAAAAAGAUAUUUUUCUCAACAAUAACAGAUUGCUAAAGAAAUGGAGUAAUUUCUAACAACCCUGGCGCUAAUACAAAAUUGCUUCAGCCAUUGUUUUUCAUUGCAAAAUGAAACUGAAAAGUGUGUGUGUGUGUGUGUGUGUGUGUGUGUGUGUGUGUGUGUGCAAUCGUCUUCCAAAGAUUGCAGAGAGCUUUGUUAAGUUUCUUGCCUCUCAUUAAUUCCACAUGCAGCAGUUUGUAAACUUCCUGUCUGUAAAACAGGAAUGACAAUGCCCAUUCACCUUUUAUGAAGUGCUUUUAAAUUCAAUAGAUGAAAAGCCCUGCCUAAGUGCUAAGUAUUACUUCAAUGAGAAAUUUUUAAGCCAAUGAGCAUCAUGUUCUGCUAAUGCUUCCUGCUUGUAAAGAGAUCUGUUUACAAGAUACUGUAAACACUCGGUUUACUGCUGAACAAGACGGUUCUUUACUAAGGUGCAGAUUCUUGUGCCUCUAUACAUACAUGAUCUUAUUUUUGUAUUCACUCAAUAAAUGGGGUCCUGAAGGGCAUGUAA